GUAAGAGGUCGCGCGAGCACUGAUUGGUCGCUCGCUUCCCUUUUAGUUCCGACAGGCUAUCCCCACCGGCUUUGUACCGGAACACGAGCAACCUACACACGAUUCCACCAUGGAUCUCGUGCUGAACGUUGCCGACUAUUACGUCCUGUCCCCGUACGUGUUCCCUGCAUCGUGGCCCGAGGACGGGGCCCUGCGGCAGAUCAUCAGCCUGUUGGUGCUCACCAACCUCGGGGCUGCGGUCCUGUACCUGGGCCUGGGAGCCAUCAACUACUUCUGCGUCUUUGACCACAAUCUAAUGAAACACCCACAAUUCCUAGAGAAUCAGGUUCAGAGGGAGAUUAAAUAUGCGAUGACCUCUCUGCCCUGGAUCAGCAUCCCCACAGUGGCCUUGUUUUUCGCUGAAGUCAGAGGGUUCAGCAAACUGUACGACAACGUCGAUGAGUCUCCGCUGGGCUGGCCGGGGCUCUUCCUGAGUAUGAUCUCCUUCCUGCUUUUCACCGACAUGUGUAUCUACUGGAUUCAUCGCUUCCUUCAUCACAAGCUCAUUUACAAGCUGUUUCACAAACCACACCACUUGUGGAAGAUCCCCUCUCCCUUCGCCAGCCAUGCCUUUCAUCCGGUCGACGGCUUCAUGCAGGGCCUCCCGUACCACAUCUACCCCUUCUUCUUCCCCCUCCACAAGGUGCUCUACUUGGCGCUGUACAUUUUCGUGAACAUCUGGACCAUCUCGAUCCACGACGGGGACUACCGCGUCCCCGGCGCUCUGACGAGUGCCAUCAACGGCUCGGCUCACCACACCGACCACCACCUCUUCUUCGACUACAACUACGGGCAGUACUUCACUCUGUGGGACCGCCUGGGGGGCUCCUACAGGCACCCGUCGGCUCUGAUGGGGAAGGGUCCCCAUGACCUGAUCCGGAAACUCCAAGCAGAGGGAAAGUUAGGAGACGACGGGGCGAAGGUCAAAGGGCAAGUGAAUGGGGAUGCUCAGAGAGGAGUCGCGUGUAAGGAGGAGUAACAGAACGGGGAAGUCCCAUUUAAAUGCUGAGAGUGAUCAAUAUUUUUAUAAAGACAAUGCCAUACUCGGCCAGGAAACGAAGCGCAGCGUAAUUUGAGUUCCUGUAUUUGCCAAAAGAGCUGUUGUGAGAUUUGAAACACUGGAUAAGCUGCAUGUGAGAUGGGUUUCCUCCGGAUUCCUGUCAUUUAGAGGCAAAGCUUUGGGAGCAACCCAAUUUGCCAGAUUACAAUGUUGGCAUUCCACAUUCCUGCAAACCACGGAUACGUUGAAUCUCAAUGUUUCUGAUCCAAAAAAACGUGUUUCAUAUCAAUUCUUCUACAUGCAUAUUUGAGAUUGCACCAGUACCGAUAUCAGAUAUCGGUCCGAUACUGACUCAAAGAGCUGGAUCGAGUAUCGGUGACAGUAGGCUGAUGUGGUAUAGGAUACCAAUAUUUUAAUAAAUGACAAUUCUGCACAUGAAUA